AUGACGAUCAUUCCCAAUCAAGGGAAUGAACUCAAGUCUGAACAACCUUACAACGAAAAGAGUCAGUUAACGUCACUAUCAGGAUGUCAUCUACCCACUGACGGCACAAGUAAAAAACCAGGAUGGUUUGUUUCAGCAUUUCUUGUGGUCAACGCAACAUUAGGAGUCGCACUUUUGAAUUUCCCUAAAGCCUAUCACGAAGCUGGCGGGGUCAUAUCAGCUCUCAUUGUCCAGUCUGUUUUCUUAGUUCUCGUGGUGUUUGGCUUGUUCAUUAUCAUCUACUGUUCUGACAUCAAGGGAAGCAACACCUACCAAGACGUGGUUCUCUCCCUGUGUGGCCCUAAAGCCCAGCUGGCUUGUGCUGUCUGUAUUUUGGUUAACUGUUUUGGCAUGUGUACAACCUGUCUUAUUAUAAUACACGACCAAUGGGAGUUGUUUUUCCUCAAUGUAUCCCGUGAGCUCUACUGUACUACACAUCCUUUCUACAUGGCAAGAGCUUUCAUCAUAUCCGCUACAUCUGUACUUUUUAUACUUCCGUUAUGCUUUACGAAGAGAAUCGAUUUUUUAAAACACUCUAGCGUGCUAGGUGUCAUCGGUUGCUUAUACAUAGCAGUUCUGGUUGCUGUCAAGUUUUUUCUACAUCAUGAUAAUCAAGGAAAAAUUGCUACAGCUCCACAUUCUUGGAUAGAUGUUUUCCUUGUUGUACCAAACAUUUGUUUCGCCUAUGCUUGUCACGUCACCAUCGUCCCUGUUUACUCAUCCAUGGCCAAACGUAACAUGAGAGAGUUCUCUAAAACAGUAACACUUGCUAUGAUAUUGUGUAUCAUAACCUACACGGUCACUGCAGCUUUGGGAUAUCUACAGUUUGGUGACAACAUCACCAAUGACAUACUGCUGUCGUUUAACCCAACAACUGAUGUAAUGGUGGCUGUUGUUCUAGUGGCUGUAAAAACGUACACCACAUAUCCCAUUAUUUGCUUCGUUGGAAAAACCGCUUUUGAAACGUUGUGGAGAAUGUUCUGGAAAAUGAGUCCAGACGAAAUAUUAACCAGAGAAAAGACGAGACGUGUCAUAACGACAUUGGUGUGGUUCACCUUGACCCUGCUGUUGUCCAUCUUCACCCCCAAUAUAGGUGUGGCCAUACAGAUCCUCGGGGCCAAUACUGCACUGUUAAUAUUUGUAUUUCCAGGCUUAUGUUUGUUGAAGACGAUGGAAAAUAUAAUUGAGUCAGACAAGAAUCAGCCCAAGGAAGUUCGUGUAUUGAAGUGGAUCGGCAUAACCUACUCCGUUCUUGGUGUGUUUAUGUUUGGACUGACUUUGACGCAGAUCAUAAUGAAAAACAUUCAGGGUGUCAAGCCAGAUUCGUCCAAAUUUACAUGUAGCUAG